GGCUGCCCGCCCCUGAGUCUGGAGCAGCAGCAGCGGCGGAGCCUCACUGCCUCUCCUCGCCUCACAGUGCGGGAAUAUAGCAGCGGAGCGCGGAAUGGAGACGGAAGGGAGCCAGAGCAGCCUGUCCUCCGGCACGGACAACUCCCCCCACGACCCCUGCAAAAUGUUCAUCGGGGGUCUGAGUUGGCAGACGACGCAAGAGGGCUUGAAGGAGUACUUCUGUAAAUUCGGCGAGGUGAAGGAGUGCAUGGUGAUGCGGGAUCCCGUUACUAAGCGGUCGAGGGGUUUCGGGUUCGUAACGUACGCGGAGCAAGCCGGCGUGGAGAAGGUUUUGGCGCAAAACAGGCACGAGUUGGACUCCAAAACGAUUGACCCGAAGGUGGCAUUUCCCCGCCGGGCCCAGCCCAAGUUGGUGACCAGGACAAAGAAGAUCUUUGUCGGAGGACUGUCAGUCAACACUACUAUCGAAGAUGUGAAGCAAUACUUUGACCAGUUUGGAAAGGUUGAUGAUGCCAUGCUGAUGUUCGACAAAACGACCAACAGACACAGAGGUUUUGGCUUUGUUACCUUUGAAAACGAAGACGUGGUGGAGAAAGUGUGUGAGAUCCACUUCCAUGAGAUCAACAACAAAAUGGUGGAAUGUAAGAAAGCGCAGCCCAAGGAGGUGAUGACACCCACAGGCUCAGCUAGAGGCCGCUCCAGAGUGAUGCCUUAUGGGAUGGACGCCUUCAUGCUGGGCAUUGGGAUGCUCGGCUACCCAGGCUUCCAGACUACGACCUACACCAGUCGCAGCUACUCUGGAAUUGCACCUGGCUACACUUAUCAGUUUCCAGAAUUCCAUUUAGAACGGACCCCCCUCCUGACGUCAUCCCACCCUCCUGAGCUGACAGCCAUCCCCCUGACCGCAUAUGGACCAAUGGCGGCAGCCGCAGCAGCAGUAGUUAGAGGUUCCACCCCUUCACGCACAGCUGGUUUCCUGGGCACCAGCAGCCCUGGACCAAUGGCUGACCUGUAUGCAGCAGCCAAUCAGGACUCAGGAGUCAGCAGCUACAUCAGCGCUGCUAGCCCGGCCCCCAGCACAGGGUUCGGCCACGGUCUAGGGCCCGUGUGUCCUCAGGGCCCACUGAUUGCUACUGCGUUCACUAAUGGCUACCACUGAUGGGACUCAGGUCAUUGAAGAUGGGAGGGCUGCUCCUCUGCUGAUGAGCCAAUCAGAAUGCUGGUUGCCCACUGAUGGCACACCCUGAUUGGCCGGGCCACUGCGUAUGCCGGGCUCUCUUGACUCCCUGUGGCUCCACCCACCGACUGAAUAUCUUUUUAAAUCCUGAACUCUCGUUUUGCUGUACUAAUCUCACUUCAACAUAAAGCUCUCUCUCUCUCUCUCUCUCUCUCUCUCUCUCUCUCUCUCUCUCUCUCUCUCUAUCUAUCCUCACGUAGUCUAAUUCCUAGAUUCCACACCGAUAUCCUUCUGUUUUGAAGCUGAGAAAAGAAACCUGCAAAAAAAAAAAGCCUCCGAGAAGGCGUUUUGUCGUCCUUGACGACGACAGAGGACUAUUUUAAGUUUUUUGUUAUGAUUUUGUUUCAAUGUGACAUGUCGUUUCAUCAUGAAAUCCCUCAAAGCUGUUACCGAUGUGAACAUUGGGAGAACAAAUGGUGCAGGAUGAGUCUAACCAUUUUUAACAAAGGAAGAACAAACCCAACAGUCCUUUUUUUUUAAAAUCUCAAGCAAACACGGAAACAUGAAAAAAGUCAAAUGUAUAUUUUGGUAGUCUUUAAAAACAAAACCUUUGUAAUAUUGUUAUUAAUAAUGAUGAUAAUCUGUAAGGUAUUUUAUUCUGUAAUUGGUUUUAAAGCAAUGUUUCUAUGUCUUCCUGUAACAUAUUGUACAUAGAUGUGGGGGUGAUGGAGGUGGAGGGUUUUCUAAGCUGGCUGCCAUGUCACUGCUUGCUUUGGGAAGCGUUUCCGGUGAUGUGACUGGAUGUCGUCUACUGCUCUGUGCGGCCAUCUCACUGCUCACGCCCGUGCACGCGUGCUCCGUUUGUUGUCCAGGCUGUCCAGACGUAAACGGGAGUUUGUGUGACGCGUGCGCUCACUUAAACAACAGUGGUUACGGACUUGAGUCGCUGUCAGGGUCCUCGUGAGAACUACUUCAGACAAAGAUGAUGGACUUUGGAGGAACAACACAAACGGGGGGGUUCGUGGGCGUUUUCUUUUUUGAAAAUAUUCUAUUUUUUUUUUUGCGCCAUUCACUUCUUAAUGUUUUAUUUCUGUCGUUGUUGUUGGCGGUUUUUCUUUUGUGAACGUUCGCGCGCGGCCUUCUCCGCCGCGAGAAAAACAGAUGAAGGACUUUCUCAGAGAAGCAAUCGUAGAAAACACCGCGACCACGUUCUGUCCUCGUAUCACUAUUGAAGGCGCACGUGAUUGCGUGUGAGUGCGUGUGAGUGAAUGUUUGUGCGCGUACGUCAAGGUGUAAUAUGGAACUACUUCUGGCAAGCGAAGGAGCAUUUCGAUUGCCUUUGUUCUUGGUACUGAAAAAAAAAAAAGGUCAUCCUGUUCCAUCCUGGCCCGCCCUGCUCCUCUCCCCCGCCUGCUCCCAUUUCAUAUUUCGUUUUUAAUAACCUUGUGGUCUCCUGGAACCGACACAUUGUUGUUUAUACACAGUUGCUGCUCCGUGUAGUGAUGAAGAGCGGGGGCUCGGGCAGGGAACCAGGAGCGGAACAGGGUUUCGCUCCCAGUCGGCUCCGAUGCAGGACCUCAGUACAGACAACACUGGCUGGCAGGAGAGGUCAGAAAGCUGGAACGAACUCAACACUUGCAAACACAAGUAGCCUGUUUGUUCAGCGCAGCGGAAAACGUCCUGGUCCAGCCAGUAGUUCCUCUGUCAGACCUCCUGGGAAACGACACAAAACUACUGCUGGACACCAACACUGUAACUUUUUAAACGUACAAUAAAGCAAUAAGUUAUUUUUUACCUUACAAAUGAAAAUAGUACUAUUAUUGGUAAUAGCAGACGGCGUGUGGAUAAUUCUGCGGCAUUAAGACUUAUUUUCAGAAAAAAAAGAAACUAUAUUUUUCUGUUUUGAGAUCUUGUUCCCCUUGUAUAUUGAUUUGACUGUCUUUUGGUUGUGUUGAUGUAAGGAUCAGGGCCAAAGCUUUAAGUGGAGCUGGCAGCUCUCCAUGAGCUCAGUCUCAGUUAAAGAUUCGGCCUGUCCCCCGCCAAGCUUUACAGCAAUGCUUUUCUGUUUUUCUUGUUUUUUUUGUUUUUUUUUUCUGACAAUUUCAAUUUUAAAAUCCUAAUAAAUUAUUCUAAAGCA